CGUAAACAGCGUUUAUUUGACGCCAGCUGUCGAUCCUGGCCGCCUUGCUGCCACAGCUGGCCCGAGCACGUGGAAUCAACAUGGUUGUGAGGUCCAGGUGACACUAACUGUAGCAAUCACGAUAACGCACCUGCAAUGGCCGACACAUCACGUUCCUCGCUCAACCAUCACCACCCAUUGCCGCCUCGUCGCUACAUUCGCGACAACAUGAACGCAGUGAGCCCAUCGACCACGUCUCGGCCUUAUAGAUCAAAGUCACAGCGUCCCUGUGACCGAUGCCGACGCCGCAAGACAGUCUGCCUCAUCCAGGCCGAAGGCUCUUCUUGCCAGAGCUGCCUCAAGGCACAACAGCCAUGCGCGUUCGAAAUGCCGCCUACAAAAAGGCAGCGGCGUACUUUGGACACGCAAAAACGCAUUGAAACCAGAGAUGAGCAGCAUGGACCGGGCGUAGCGUCCGCCGAAGGUGUAGCUCUCCAUGACACGCCUACCGGCCUUGCUGGCCUUGCGCAUCGCGAUGUGACGACGACAGUCCCAGUUCAGAGCUCACCCUCUGCGACUACGCCACAGGCGCAGAGUCACAGAGAUCUCCAGUAUCGCGACGCCCACUGCACACCUACCAAUCCGGAAGCGCACGCGGCGCGCAUCUUAUCAGCGAUGGAGACCACGGGGUUGCCAUACGCGUCGGAGCGCCGUCACAGAACGCACCCGCAUGCCGGCACGCCUUCGAACCAAACCACAACGUCCUACCCGGUCCAGUAUGUCCGGUCCUUUGAGCAGAUGGAGGCAGCGACCGCGCAGCUCUGUGGCAUGUCGGCCGAGCUUGAUCCGUGGCUACUACGCCACUGCAAGUUUGACGAGUAUGGCAUGCGCGGCUUGCAGAACAUUACGUGUCGAAAUGUCGGGGGCGUGCCUGUUCAAGGCUUGGUGCCUGUGCACUUUAUCGUCACGGACAAUUCUCUUAUCCAGCAGGACGAGCACAGAUCGAGCGACGAGAGUAGACGGCGGCGGAUGCUCGAGGAUCUGGUUCCCAUGUCCCACGGUGUACGGCUCAUAUCUCUAUUCAUGCGAUUUGUCCAGCCCAUGCUGCCCAUUGUUUCACGAUCUCAGCUGGACAGACAGCUUUCGGAGAAUACCGUGCCUGCUGUGUUGCUGGCAGCUGUGUAUGCAUCGGCUAUCCCGUACAUUGCUCACGAUCAUGUCUUAUUUGCUCUGCCUGCCAUGAGCGAUUCCCUCGCUGAAACGCUGUGGGGGAUGGUUGUCGAUUGGAUCCAGUGCGACGCUCACAAGCCAAAGCUUGCGAUUAUGCAAGCAUCGCUUCUCUACCUCCAACGCCUUCCGCUGCGCCCGCACAGAGUGCUGGCGGACACUGCCGCGCGGUCGUCGUUCCUGGGCAGUACUGUCGCUCUCGCCAUGUCUCUUGGUCUGCAGCUCGAGUCCCAACCAUGGGGCAUCCCAACGUGGGAGAAACGUCUGCGCAGACGUCUGUGGUGGGCUCUGUACAUGGAAGAUAAAUGGACGGGCUUGCUCAUGGGACGGCCGCCCAUGAUCCAGAAAGACGAGUGGGAUAUUUUCGACCUCAAAGAAGCUGAUCUCGAACUCGGCCACAGAGCGAGCUUUGACGUGGAAUCGGAUCCCAACACGUCGCAAGACGGUGUCAUUUUCGUCUUCUUUGUACAACUCGCGGGGCAAGUUGAGAAGAUUCAGGAAGCCUUCUACACCCUGCGAGCGUCGCAGAGACUUGCUGAAGACUUUCGCGCCUCAGUCGACGCGGCGAGACCGAUCCGAGAAAGUCUUCAGGCGUGGUAUUACAGUCUCCCCGAAGAACUGCGCCUACGGUCCCGGGCAGAAGGCCAGUCGUACCGAGACCACCGGCAAGGCGUCGCCGUGCUGCAUUUCUCCUACCUGAUGCUGGAACUCUUUCUCUACCGGGCCAUCUUGAGACCGCUGGCUCGCUCUCCGCCUCCCCCUCCCGUCACGAACGAGGAGGAUGAGUCUGAUUCGCAAUCUGAUCCUUUCUUCGCGCAUGGUCUGUCGUCGACCUGGCUUCUUGACGAUUUGACCUUUGAGAGCCUAGAGUUCGAUCAGUUGCCUGAUGCCGGGUUCGCAGAGUUUGGCGAGGCGGCCGAGGUCGCCCUGAAUGCAGCUGAGCGUUGUGCGGCUAUUCUUGUCAACUUUGUGGCGUCGUUGGUUCCCCAGGACUUUGACGUGCACUGGUAUCCUUGGACACGCAUAUGUUUCGCCACGAUUACGAGUUUCAUCACUUUACUGUUCGUCCAGGCGCCCACGUCAGCGCAUGCGGCGCGGUCUAGAGAGCUUCUGAAGCGAUGGUCGCUGCACUUGCGGAGUCAACACAAGACGAAUGAAGGGCUGAUGACGCUUGGCCUCCUACGACUGCAUAGUCUCCAGGUAGAGGAGCUGGAUGGGCUGUUCAGCCUCUCACCAUCUGCCCUGGAGCUACUAUCAGAGAGCAGAACGAAGCAUGGUCACGUUGCGUGCGAAGGCGCCACUUGAUACUCAGAAUGAUAUAU